UUCUUUUUUUUCUUUUUUUUCUUUUUGUGCCUUUCCUCUUUUCUCUCUCUGUCUCCUGUAUCUUGUUCUCUAGUAGAGAGACUUUGAAAUGCAGUGAAAUUGAAAUUAAGCAGAAAUGGUGGUAAGGAAGGUUGGCAAGUAUGAAUUAGGUAGAACUAUUGGCGAAGGCACCUUCGCUAAAGUCAAGUUCGCUCAGAAUACGGAGACCGGUGAGAGCGUCGCUAUGAAAAUUGUGGAUCGUAGUACCAUCCUCAAGCGCAAGAUGGUUGAUCAGAUUAAGAGAGAGAUCUCAAUAAUGAAGCUUGUUCGUCAUCCUUGUGUUGUUCGUCUUUAUGAGGUUCUGGCGAGCCGAACAAAGAUUUAUAUCAUCCUGGAGUACAUUACUGGUGGUGAACUGUUUGAUAAAAUUGUUCGUAGUGGGCGUCUUGGUGAAUCAGAAGCUAGGAAAUACUUUCACCAGCUUAUUGAUGGAGUUGAUUACUGCCACAGUAAAGGUGUCUACCAUAGAGAUCUAAAGCCGGAAAAUCUUCUGCUGGAUUCUCAAGGAAACCUGAAGAUAUCUGAUUUUGGCCUCAGUGCAUUGCCAGAACAAGGAGUGACCAUCCUAAAGACAACAUGUGGAACUCCCAAUUACGUUGCUCCUGAGGUUCUUAGUCACAAGGGUUACAAUGGUGCCGUGGCAGAUGUAUGGUCCUGUGGGAUUAUCCUUUAUGUUCUUAUGGCAGGAUAUCUUCCAUUUGAUGAACUUGAUCUGCCAACUUUAUAUAGUAAGAUUGACAAAGCUGAGUUUGCUUGUCCCUCAUAUUUUGCUUUGGGGGCAAAGUCCUUGAUUAAUAGAAUCUUGGAUCCAAAUCCUGAAACUCGAAUUACAAUUGCAGAAAUCAGGAAAGAUGACUGGUUUCUAAAGGAUUACACUCCUGUACAACUUAUCGAUUACGAACAUGUAAACCUGGAUGAUGUAUAUGCUGCUUUUGAUGAUCCGGAGGAACAAAUAUAUGCACAGGAUGGAACAGGGGACACUGGUCCACUGACUCUAAAUGCGUUUGACCUAAUUGUUCUAUCUCAGGGCCUGAACCUCGCAACUCUUUUUGACCGUGGAAAGGACUCUAUGAAGCAUCAGACAAGGUUCAUCUCACACAAGCCAGCAAACGUGGUUCUUUCAAGCAUGGAAGUUGUGUCACAGUCCAUGGGCUUUAAGACACACAUUCGUAAUUACAAGAUGAGAGUAGAAGGAUUAUCUGCAAAUAAGACGUCCCACUUCUCAGUUAUUCUAGAAGUCUUCAAAGUUGCACCAUCAAUUCUCAUGGUGGACAUUCAAAACGCAGCAGGAGACACAGAAGAAUACCUAAAGUUCUACAAGACUUUUUGUAGUAAGCUUGAUGACAUCAUUUGGAAGCCGCCAGAUGCAUCUGUGAGAAAUCGAGUCACCAAGGCCAAGAGUAAAAGACGUUGAAUCCAUGUGAGUUAUUCAAGCAGAGCUUCCACAGAACACAGUUCGAAACAACAAUAUAUAACUCUCUGUAUAUCAUUGUUUCUUAACUGAUGUACUCGAAUGAAUUUGUACAAGCUUGUUGAUUUGUGUUUAAUUAUUGAAUAUAGAGGAUUGUAGUAAACUUAUACGAUACCAAAGAGACUCAAGUUUCUCCUGAUUUCUGUAAUCCUCUCAACGGUUUCUUCUUCUUUUUUGUGUCAUCUGUAAGAGAGAGGAUAUAUGUGUAAUUAUGUGUUCCCUAAUCCCUCAUGUAUCUCACUAUAUAUAUUGUACUCUUGUGUAUGUAAUACAUUAAGCAUUCUAUCA